AUGUUACGGAAUGUGGAUCAAGCACUCGCACGCAGACAAAAAAAAAGAAAGGAGAAGAAUGUUGGACUUUCAAAGGGAAGACAAAAAAUAAGAAAAGAAAAGAAUAAAAACGAGAAAAACUUCAUUGCUGAUUGUUUGCUGAAACAUCCAUCAAAAUUUCCACCACUCCCACCAUCGGACCGUUUGGACAGCUUACGAUUUAGUAACAAAAUUUAUGGAUUCUUGAUGUUCAUUUUCCCAUUGUCAGUAAAUAAAUAUUCUGAUUGUUGGAACGUGAACUACGGUCAAUGUAUGAGCAUUACACUUGACACAAUUUAUUUUCCCAUUUCUGUUUUUCACAUACAAAAAUUGUCAUCGUAUCUUAAUGCAUUGCAGCAGUUCUCCAACCAACAUUCAACUUGA